AUGAAAAGGAGAUCAACGUAUAUUCUACAAUCAAAACCGAAUAAAUACAUUUUAGAUUGCCUAAGUUGCGAACCAGAUAGCUUCAAUGACGUUAAUAACACAGUUAUUGUUCAUGAACAAAAUUUGUAUAAAACGGAUAGGAUAUUAAGAUUAUUUUGUGCGGAGAAACGGAAGUAUAGAGUUAUACGAGUAUUACCUUCAUCGUCAUGUCAAAAAGAUGAGCUUAUUUGUUCAGAGACGUGUUACUACAAUUUAAUAAAUUCUGGGUAUGACACCGAAUUAAGACUGUUAAGUUUUAAUGAAGGUUUGGUGAAGUUUGCUGAGGAGAUAGACGUCUCUCUAAUAAGUAGCCCUCACGACAUAAGCAAUGCUGCAAUCGACACCAUUUUAGAAAAGUAUUUUAAAACUCCCAAAUUGUUAAAUAAGGCCGACAUAUUGGAAAUUAACGUUAAGUACUUCGCCCAGGAACUAUUUUAUGUGAACAACAAAAUGAACCACGUGGAAAGUGUAUAUUUCAAGUGCAACAAAAUACUUUUUCAAAAUUGCGAGGUGGGGGCGGGUUAUUUCUGUGCUAUCGGUGAAACCGCCAUUAGACAGUCGGCAAAUGUGCAAAGUUUUAUACCACCAACGCGUACUACGAGUGUAAAAAAUAACUGUGACGGCUUCCAGGAUGUACCCUUGUGCCCUUACGGGUUGCAGAGCUAUUUGGAGAGUAUCCAGAAGGCCGUGAGGCCUUUUCUUAAAAAAAGUAAGCUUAGCUUAUAUCCGUCAUUUCUCCUGCAAGGCGAAAGAGGAUGCGGCAAAGAAAUUUUAGUAUCCUCGCUCGCGCGUCAAAUGGGCAUGCACUUUUAUAAAAUCGACAAUUCCGAUUUAGCGGCCAACAUUUACGCCCAAAACGAGACGAGGAUCCGAAAUGCGUUUUUCAAUGCUAAAAUGGCAGCGCCUUGCGUAAUAUCCAUCCACAAUUUCGAGAAUUUUGGAAAAAACAAUGAGGGCGAGUACGACGACCGAAUAAUGGACUUUUUUGCCAAGGAAUUAAACACUUUAUUCCAAAACAAUCCUUUCCCGGUCGUCCUAUUCGGUUGUAGCAAUUCUAAGACCAUUCCCGCAGACCUCAAGAAGCUCUUCUUGGAGACCUUCGAAAUCGACACUCCGGACGCUGCGCAAAGAGAAGAAAACUUAAGGUGGAUCUUGGGUGCCAAAACCAGUGCAGAUUUAAGCGAGGUCGCCAAUAAGACUCACGGGUUUUUCUUUGAGGAUUUGAAAGCCCUCGUAUACUACGCGGAAUCGAAUAAAAAAUCAGAAAACAACGAAAACAAUCGUUUAGUUACUGACGAACAUUUCGCUUUGGCAAUAGAUUACAUGCAGGGGAACUACAAUGAAAGCAUAGGAGCGCCCAGAGUGCCCAAAGUCCAAUGGGCGGAUGUAGGAGGCUUGAGCGACGUAAAGGAAGAAAUUAUCAAAACGAUCAACCUACCCCUGAAACAUCCACAGCUGUUGGAAAAUUCCGGCUUAAAAAGAUCCGGUAUCUUGUUGUUUGGGCCACCGGGUACGGGAAAAACUUUGAUCGCCAAGGCUGUGGCGACGGAAUGCAGCCUUUGUUUUCUCUCCGUGAAAGGUCCCGAAUUGUUGAACAUGUACGUGGGCCAGUCGGAGCAAAACGUGCGGGACGUGUUCGAGAGAGCCCGCCAGGCCUCCCCCUGCAUCAUAUUCUUCGACGAACUGGACUCCCUGGCCCCCAACAGGGGCAUGUCCGGUGACUCAGGCGGUGUGAUGGACAGGGUGGUGUCGCAACUCCUAGCCGAGAUGGAUGGAUUGAAUGACUCAGCUACAGUUUUCGUCAUAGGAGCCACGAAUCGUCCGGAUUUGAUAGAUCCGGCCCUGCUGCGCCCGGGCAGGUUCGACAAGCUCCUCUACGUCGGGCCUUGUACUGACGAGGCCUCCAAAAUUUCAGUACUGAAAGCGUUGACUAGAAAGUUUACACUCGAAGAAAACGUCGAUCUGACGGAGGUAGUUCGAAUAUGCCCCCCGAAUAUCACAGGGGCGGACUUCUACGGCAUUUGCUCCGUUGCUUGGUCGUCGGCCGUCAGGAGGUUGAUAGAGAGCGUUGAAAGAGGUGAUGUAGAAGCGGAAAGUCUGUCACAGGCCGACGUCGCGGUUGGUUUUGAAGAUUUCAAUAAUGCCGUCGUUAAUACCAAACCUUCAGUUGGUGCCGAGGAUUUGGUGUAUUUCGAACAAUUAAAAAACGAACUGAGCCCUCGAGGCUCGAGGUACUAACAAGUUUGCGUGUAUCUUUUGUCGUGAUUUAUUCUUUCGAUAUCGAAGUCAUAUUUAAAUAUAUGUAGAAAGCUUUGAAGUGAUUAAAAAAACACAGAUUUUAUCGUUUAAA